AUGCCGUUCUCCCGUUCUUUCACACUUGCAGCAAUUGCAGCACUCCUGUCGUCCGUCAUGGCCGACGCGAAUGCGAUAUGUUACUCGUAUGGUGUCGAUUUUGUUGACGAAGGGAAUUACUUCAUCAAUUCGCAAUUAUCUGAGCAGUUCAGUUCGGUCUCCUACUUCAAGGGCUGCAAUCAAGAUGUGGCGGAUGUUUUGCUCGUCGAGCCUGAAGGCGUCAACUCUCAAGAGUAUCUGUGUGAUCAGAUGACGACAUAUCCCAACGACGACUUGAAGACAUCGACAUGUCCAAUCAGGAAGAACCAAAUGAUUUCAGGACAUUGGCGCUUGCUUGUGUUGGGCAACAAUGGCGAUGAAGGCCAGCCAUUCGCAUGGCAGAGAGAUCUUUAUCUGACCUAUGACUUCAACGCCUGUGGAGACUCAAACAACGACAACUACUUUUACCAAUGUCGUCACUACAGGGCCACUCUCAACGGUGACGCUUCCAAGUGGAACCGCGAAGAAUACCAAGACAAUUACACCUCCACCGACAACAACAACGUCUACAAAGAUUAUGACAAAGACUUCGCUAUCUUUGACCAAGCUCUCGCUACCCCUACUACAAUCCCCAAAUUACAUCGUUUUAUCCGCAAGGCCGAUCGUGCUGUCGACGUUGAAUGGGCUCGUGCCCGCAUCGAAGCUGCUAAGCAAAGGCGUACCGAGAUGGCUCGAGAGGCUGCUGCACCUCUCGAACGCCGUGCACCGGAUGCUCCAACCCUGACUGUUACCGCCGAUGUACCUGUCAAUACAACGACAACUAUCCUUGCCCCAGCCACUACCACCACUGAGACUGUUCUUACUUCUGCAACUGUUACUUCAACUUUGCCCCCUGCGACCGUCUUUUCUGGCUUGUUCACCAGCACAAUUACGCUUCCGACUCCGACCAAGACUCAGCUCAAGUUGAGCUUCGCUACAACCACCAAAGUCAUCACUUUUGGAGCUACUUUCACCAAGCAUACCACCGUUACUCCUACGACCUCUGUCAGUGCCUGCAAGAAAGCGGGAGGACAUUUCUGGUGA